GCCCUGCGAGGGCGCGGGGGCGACCAGCCAGCCCUGCCCCCUUGCGGGGCGGAGACAGUGGCUGGGGCCGCCUCCUCUCCCCUCCAGCGCCCCCCACGGCUGGGCGCGCCAGUUGCCGCCGGCUCAGGGGAGGCGCGGAGCCCGGGAGGGUGCUGGCGCGGCAGGAGGUGCGCGGAGCGGGGUGCGCGGAGAGCGCGAGCGAGGAGAGAGCGCUCCGGACAGCCAGGCGUGCGCUCCGCUCGGCGCCACAGGCUCGCCCCGCGCAGCCCGAGCCCCAGCCAGCCAGGCGCUCUCAGCUGGAGCCGGCGCUGCCGCCCCGGGGCCCGAGGAACCGUGGGCUCUGGUAUUCGGAGGAAGCCGGGAAAGCGCGCAGCGCCCGGUGAGUGCAAGCCCCGAGCGCUCUAGGCUGGCACGGACCAGGGGUCGGCGCUUCCCUGCUGGACGGCGCGCCCCCUCCGCCUUUCACGCCCACCCCUCGGGCUCCCUCUGCUCUGUCCCUGCCUGAGACGCGCCCACCCCGCCCGGCGCGCGGGACAUGCACCUCAACAGCUCGGCGCCCGGCCCACGGGUCUCCCAGGCUGGAGACCCCUUCUUGCUACCGCCAUCGGGGCUGGAGGCGGCGCUCCUGGCCCCGGGCUUCGGCAACGGCUCCGGCAACCUGUCAGAGACCGUCCCAGCGGCGCCCAGCAGCGACCUGGACGUGAACACUGACAUUUACUCCAAGGUGCUGGUGACCAUCGUGUACCUGGCGCUCUUUGUGGUGGGCACGGUGGGCAACUCUGUGACGGCGUUCACGCUGGCGCGCAAGAAGUCCCUGCAGAACCUGCAGAGCACGGUGCACUACCACCUGGGCAGCCUGGCGCUGUCUGACCUGCUCAUCCUCCUGCUGGCCAUGCCCGUGGAGCUGUACAACUUCAUCUGGGUGCACCACCCCUGGGCCUUCGGCGAUGCUGUGUGCCGCGGCUACUACUUCCUGCGCGACGCCUGCACCUAUGCCACGGCCCUCAACGUGGCCAGCCUGAGUGUGGAACGCUACCUGGCCAUCUGCCACCCCUUCAAAGCCAAGACCCUCAUGUCCCGCAGCCGCACCAAGAAGUUCAUCAGUGCUAUCUGGCUGGCCUCUGGCCUGCUGGCCGUGCCCAUGCUCUUCACCAUGGGCCAGCAGAACCGCAGCGCCGACGGCCAGCACCCCGGUGGCCUGGUGUGCACGCCCAUCGUGGGCACCGCCAAGGUCAAGAUCGUCAUCCAGAUCAACACCUUCAUGUCUUUCGUGUUCCCCAUGGUGGCCAUCUCCGUCCUGAACACCAUCAUUGCCAACAAGCUGACCGUGAUGGUCCGCCAGGCGGCCGAGCAGGGCCAGGUGCGCACAGUUGGGGACCAGCAUAGCUCGUUCAGCAUGUCCAUCGAGCCCGGCCGGGUCCAGGCCCUGCGCCACGGCGUCCGGGUCUUACGUGCCGUGGUCAUCGCCUUCGUGGUCUGCUGGCUGCCCUACCAUGUGCGACGCCUCAUGUUCAGCUACAUUUCGGACGAGCAGUGGACCCCGUUCCUGUAUGACUUCUACCACUACUUCUACAUGCUGACCAACGCCCUCUUCUACGUCAGCUCCACCAUCAACCCCGUGCUGUACAACCUCGUCUCCGCCAACUUCCGCCAGAUCUUCCUGUCCACGCUGGCCUGCCUGUGUCCCCUGUGGGGGCACAGGAGGAGGAGGCCGGCCUUCUCAAGGAAGGCCAGCAGCGUGUCCGGAAGCCACACCUUCUCCAGCAAUGUCACCCGGGAGACGCUGUACUAGGCCCGGGCGGGGCCAGGCGGGGGGCCGGGAGGGGUCACAGAGGGGCUGCCACUCGGCCUCCACGCCUGUCCGCCCAGCGCCUGUGAGCUGGACGGGGGUCGGCCCUGGGCCCGCUCCGAGGCAUCCGAGGCCCAGGACCCAGCACCCACACCCAGAGGCUGCACUUCCUUUCGGCUUCUCCUCUCUCACCCUCCCCCGCACCCCUUCUCUUUCAAAGCCAGAAAGAGAGACAGAUCCUCUCCCAGAUCCAAAACGGGCCUUUAAUGAGGAGAAAUUAGUGUUGGGUGAAAGGCGAUCUUUUUGUUCUCAGACUAAUGGAUGUUGAGGGAGAAAGACAUGAAGGGGUAGGUUGGGGCCGGAGGGUGGUGACCCCGAGAGCUGGCGCUGGGAGGAGCCCGGUUGGCAGGACCACCGCUGUCCCGGCACCGCCGAGAGGGCCUCCGGGCAGCUCAGGACCGGGUCAGCCCCUUGUGCAGCAGGCAUCCGACCCACCACCUUUCCAAGGGCGAAUCCCAGGAAGCUUUGAUGUCACAAGAGGUCAAUGAAGGGAUCAGCCUGGCAUCGCCCAGCCCUGGCAGCACCCCCCACCGCCGCCUGUCCUCCCCAGGCCAAGGUGGCAAAGCUCUGCAGGGACACCACAGGGCAGCUCAGCCUCGCAGUUCUCCAUCCUGGCUCUGUGGACACAAGGCCAGGUCAGUGGGUCCCAGGAUAGGCACGUCCUCACACGCUCUCCCUCCCGCUGUCCAGCUGAGCUCCUGCGGCCCAGCUCCCACUGCUUCAGGGUGGACGCCGCAAGGCAGAGGGGAGCCGGCCAGCACUCCAAAAGAGGCCAGCGCUGAGGUCCGGGCCACAGGUAUGGAGGAGGGGCCCUGGGUACAGGCGGCCCACUGGCUGGCAGCCAGGCGGGGGCCCAGACUCGUUUGUCACGGCCAGCAGGCAGGCCUGGCCCCAGCUCGGGUGCCCAGAAAGGCAGGCGCCUCCUUGGACUCUGGAAUCCGGUCUCCAGACAGGAUGGCCCGGCCCCAGGAAGGUGCCCUGAACCAGGGGAAGGCGGGUCCCAGGGGAGCUGCCCUGGACCAGCCGGGACCACGAGUGGCCAGGGGCCCAGAAGCGAAGCGCAGGCCUUUUAAAGCAGGUCCUCCCUGGGCCUGGGAGCACAUCUGCCCAGAAGGGAGACAGUCAGACAGACAGACAGACAGGCAGACCGCCUGCCUGGGAGGCACUGACUCAGGAUCAGGUGACCUGCUCCUGGUCUGGAGUUAGCCGGGACUCGGUCUCCCACGCUCCAAAACAACGAGUCAGAUACUACGAUAUCCACGGCCACUUCAGAUCUGGGCUCUGCUAUGAAUCGGGGUAUUAUAUACUUGAGCCCCACAAAAUCCUCCCCCAAGCUGUUCACCAAGAACAGGCCUGGGGGCAGGCCCACAGCUAGUCCCCAGGCCAGGCAGCCCUCCUGUGACCCAGUGGCCACCAGUGCAGGGGACGAGGCCAGCCUGGAGCUCCCACACAGGCAUCUGCUCUGGGCAGGGGACACGGGAGUCCAGCAGAUGGGCCCGAGGUCAGUGCAGCCCCCAGCCCUGCUCAGCGAGUGGGCAUCAGAGUUCAGCAAAGACUGAGUCUGGGCUCCGGCGUCGGCUUCAGAAGGAGGACCUGGACUCUUUGUGACAGGUCCUCAGACCCUCCCUGGGCCCCAGACACACCAUGAUUCCCCUGAGCCCUGGGUUCCCUACCUGAGAAGUGGGCGUGGUCAUCCCACCCUCUCGGCCAGGGCUGGAUGUGAUGGCCCUGGAGGACCCAGCCCAGAGCGGACAGAAGGGACGGUCCCCUGAGGUGGGGGCAGAGUGGACGUGGGAUGAGAUGCCCGCUGCCCAGACCCUGCUGCGGGCAGACGGGCAGGGUCUGCCGCUGAGCCCGAGUCCACUUUACUGUCUGCCCACUUCACUGUCUGCCCACUUCACGUUGGUGGGGCCCCGUGUCCGUGCCCUGCCAGACACUCCUCCUGACCUCCCCAGCUCCCGGCCCGUCACCGUGGAGCCCCAGAGGCUAGCUCUGUGUGCCGCGUGUGUCUGCUCUCAGAGCCAAGUGCCCGCGUGGCUGGGCACAGUGAUUGUGAAACCCUGGGGUGUGCGCUGACCCCCACCACCCCACAUGUCCUGCAGUGACAGGUACAUCCUCCGACUCCCUCAAUAAGGGAAUAAAGGAGGCUGUGGAUCCGUGACACACUCCCACGCGGAAGGGCCGGUGGGCCCGCCUGCAGCUGCUGGCUCACUCGCUCAUUCAUGAGAAGGUCACUGACACGGCAGAUGGCCCCCGACUGGGUCCUUUUACUGAAAACACAUGCGCUUGGUCUCUGAGAGCCCAGAGUCGGGAGACCUGGGUCCACAGUGGCUGUGUGGUGACGCCCUGUCCCUCAGGGUCCUGAUCUGUGGCCUGGGCACAGGUGAGGCCCAACAAAGUGCAGUGUGGGGGUCCUGUGACUGUUUGCCCCGGUCUCCACGGCCCUUCCGACCAGCUCAGGGAACCGAGGGAAAAACCAGCUCCUCCCUGGGGGCCGGCAGGUGGGGAGCCAGGCCAGGGAGGGGCACUCAGUCUGUCUUCAGACACAGCCGCCCUGUCUGGAGCCUCCCGGCAGCAGCGGGACCUUCUGCAGCGGGGUGCCCCCCGCCUCCCCUUUCCUCUUCCCCUGCUCUGCCUUUAUCUCACCGCAGCAGGAUCCUCGGAGGCCCCCAGCCUGGGGGACGAGAAGGAAAGCAUCUUUCCAGAUGGCAGGCACUUUGUCCUCCCCCUUGAGUCUCCUCGGCAGUCUUCCCCACGCUCCCCUUCAUUCAUUCAUUUACCUGCCAGGUGCCCCUCGAGGCCUGGCUGCCUCAAAGCCACCCCAUUCUGAUUGGCACAGGGCUGCUCAAGGCCUCUGUGCUUUGACUCACCCGCCUUACCAGCAGGGAAGUCUCAGAACUCCCACCGACUCUGAGGGUAAAGGAUUCACUGGCAAAAGCUCCAGUAGGGGCAAUGACAUUUUACAAGAAUAGCCAAAGGAAUGAAACUCCAACAGUGAAGUUCAGGCCAGUCACGGAGAGAGACAUUUGGGGACAAUGGCAGGCUGUCCCAAACCCUAGCUGCACCUCAAUGCCACUGUCCCAUGGGGCCAGAGCUCUGGACGAGCCCCUGCCCACCUCCUGCAGGUUUGCUGAGUUCCAGCACAGGGACAAGAGAGGAAUCCACUCUCCUAUAGGGAGACACCUCUGGCCCCAUCGCUGUCGCUAGGCAACAGGAGGAGGGCUUGGGAGAGAAUUCCAUACAUUUUAAAAUACAUUUGAA